AUGGACGCCGACGACGCCGACGCCGACGACGACUACGUCCUCGAUCUCACGCGCGAUUGGUCCGACGCCGACGCCGACGCCCGCGUCGUGCGCGCGCGCGCGUGGAGCGCGGACGUCGCGCCGACGAUCGCGCCGUCGUCGUCGACCGAUCGCGCCGACGCCCGCGACGCGCGCGCGAGGGCGAGCGCGGACGCCCCGUACGCGCUGCCGUUGCCGCGCGCGCGCGCGCCGCUGCUCGUGGGACAGGCGCACAAAAAAGAGCUCGGCACGGUGGUGUGGCGCGCGGCGGUGAUCCUGUGCGAGGCGCUGCGCGCGCGCGCGUUAGACGCGGACUUCCUGCGCUCGCGGAGUGUGCUGGAGAUCGGCGCGGGGUGUGGGGUGUGUGGGUUCUACGCCGCGGCGUUGGGGGCGCGCGCGGUCACGAUCGCGGAUUGUGGGCCGCACACGAUGCGGAAUUUGGAGCGGACGUUGUUGGCGUUUCGCGAAGUCGCCGAGCCGGAGUGUAGAGACGCGGUGGUGAUUCGAAGACAUCUGUGGGAAGAGGACGCGGAGAUCUUAAACGCGAGACGGUUGGGCGAGACUCCGAGACGGGUGAGACAUUGGAGUAACAUUGAGAGCGACGGAGAUGGCUCGGAAUCGAUUCAUCCGGAUGCGACGUUUGACGUCGUCAUCGGAUCCGAUUUGUUAUACUUUGCCAGUCAGGAAGAGAGUCUCCUGAACGCGAUCAAUCUUCGACUGAAACCAGACGGGGUUUGCUACAUAGUCCAAACGAUGCGGAGUAAUAACGGCGAGGUAUUCGCUCGCUUCGUCGCCGCCGCUCGGACAAUCUUUGAGCUGACGGUCGAAUCCAUCGCGCUCCCGCUCGAUGGUUUUCCGGCGGCGAAAGAGACCCCGCACGCGCUCGCGAACGAUCCCUACAGGUUUCUCACGCUUCGCAAACUAUAG